GUGGAUACUGAUUCUUUAAAUAUCUUAUGUGGAGUCAUUUUUUUUUUUUUGACAGAUCAAUACACAGAAUAUUAAUGAACUGAUUGAUUGUUUCAUCCCCUGUAGGUGCAGCUGUACUCUGAAGCAAGUGUAGCACUUUUGCAACUGAACAAUCCCAAAGACUUUCAUGAGUUAAACAUUCAAGCAAAGAAAAACAUGACUAUAGAAGGAAAAGAGGUGACACUCAAUCCAGCUUACUUGUUAUGGGAUCUCAGUGCUGUGAGUCAGCUAAAGCAGGAUGAAGACAUUUCUGCCAGUCGUUUUGAGGAUAAUGAAGAACUUCGUUACUCUUUGAGAUCCAUAGAGAAACAUGCUCCCUGGGUGCGUCAUGUUUUCAUCGUAACAAACGGUCAAAUACCAUCGUGGCUGAAUUUGGAUAAUCCACGUGUCACCAUCGUAACACACCAAGAAAUCUUUUUGAACACUAGCCAUUUACCUACCUUUAGCUCCCCUGCUAUUGAAAGCCACAUUCAUCGGAUUCCUGGACUUUCUCAGAAAUUCAUAUAUAUGAAUGAUGAUGUUAUGUUUGGUACAUAUGUGUGGCCUGAUGAUUUUUAUAGUCAUUCAAAGGGUCAGAAGGUUUAUUUGACGUGGCCUGUUCCUAACUGUGCAGAGGGAUGUCCAGGAUCUUGGAUUAAAGAUGGUUAUUGUGACAAAGCUUGCAAUAACUCUGCAUGUGACUGGGAUGGAGGUGACUGCCUUGGUAACACAGCAGCUGGUCGUUUUGCACCAGCCCUUGCUGGGGGAAGUCAUCUCAAUGGACAAGCCUGGCAGCCUGGAGUGGGAAUAGGUGGCGUUUCUUACUGUAAUCAAGGCUGUGCUAAUUCAUGGCUUGCUGACAAGUUCUGUGACCAAGCCUGCAAUGUUCUUAACUGUGGAUUUGAUGCUGGCGAUUGUGGACAAGAUCACUUUGGAGAGUUAUACAAGAUAAACUUGCUGCAAAACCAGACCCAUUAUGUUGUUCCAAAAGCGGAAAGUUUGCCCUACUUUAGCUUUGCUGACAUGGCUAAGAAAGCAGUUGAGGGCAGCUAUAGUGAAAACCCAAUUAUUCGCCAUGCUUCUAUUGCUAAUAAAUGGAAAACUGUUCAUCUGAUCAUGUAUCCAGGAAUGAAUGCUACUGUAGUUAAUUUUAACCUAACCUUUCAUGAUCAGAAUGACAAAGAGUUCAAAAUGCAGAUAUUCAUAGAUGUCGACACAAACGAAGAGCAAAAACAUAAUAUUACACCAUCUUUACAAGGAAAGAGGGAUAUAAUGAGCACAACGCCUACCCCAGAAGCAGAAAUGCUGUUUGAGGACAUUCCUGAAGAAGACAGGUUCCCAAAGCUCAAAAAAGAGAGGCCAGCUGAGAAACAAGAUCAAGAAAUCCAUAUACCACAUACGAAUGUAUCUGCUCUUCCAAACAGUAUACGGCUGGCCCUACAUGAUCUUGACUUGAAGCUUAGCAAAGGUGACAUCACAAUGAAAGGGUACAACAUGUCAAAAGUAGCUUUGCUUAAACAUUUUAGCAGCAUCAAGCCACAAACAGAGCAAGCUUUAAAUUUGACGAAACAGGGGAUCAAUUUAGCACACAUAUCCAAAAUCAAAAUGGUACCUGAAAAUAUGGCUGAUUCCAAGAAAACUACCUUUAAAUCAAGAGAACUAGGGCAUGAAAAUGAGAAAUCUGUCAUGAAAAAGGAUUCCCAGCUUAGGUUCAGUGCACUGGGCUUCAAGGUUUCCAGAUUGCCUGGAGAUGUAAACAACAAAGAAUUUGAAAUAUCUAAGGAAGAUACCUUUGUACAAGGAAGAAAACUCCAGAGCUAUCAGCCGCUGUAUGAAGGAUUCUUACCAUGGGAAAGAAGAAAAUAUUUUAAGGACCUCUUGGAUGAGAAAGAUUCUCUACUCGGUGAACUUUCUUAUAUCACCAAUGGCAAGAAAGUUGGAAGGAAACUUCAAGACACAUUUGCUGAUUCCCUCCGUUAUGUGAAUAAACUCCUUAAUGGUAAAUUUGGCUUCACGUCUCGGAAAGUUCCUGCUCACAUGCCACACAUGAUUGACCGUAUCGUUAUGCAAGAACUUCAGGAUUUGUUUCCAGCAGCAUUUGACAAGACAUCUGCCCAUAAAGUGCGUCAGUCGGAAGAUAUGCAGUUUGCCUUUUCUUUUUUUUACUAUCUGAUGAGUGCCAUCCAGCCACUAAAUAUCUCACAGAUAUUCUAUGAAGUUGACACUGAUAGCACAGGAGUGCUGUCUGACAGGGAGAUUCGGACGCUAGCGACAAGAAUAAAUCAUUUGCCACUGAGUUUACAGGAUCUGACUGGAUUGGAACACAUGCUUAUCAACUGCUCCAAAACUGUACAGUUUAAUAGUACUGAGAAUUUUUUUACUCCGGCAACUCAGGAAUCCUAUUAUGAUCCGAAUAUGCCGCCAGUGACCAAGCAGCUGGUAAUUAAUUGUAAACCUGUAACUGAUUUGAUACGGAAAGCUUACAAGGAUAAGAAUAAAUACAGAUUUGAAAUUAUGGGAGAAGAAGACAUUGCAUUCAAGAUGAUUCGUACUAAUGUCUCCCAUGUGGUUGGCCAGUUAGAUGACAUCAGGAAAAACCCCAGGAAAUUCAUCUGCCUGAAUGACAAUAUUAACCACAAUCACAAGGAUGCGCAAACCGUUAAAGCAGUUUUAAGGGAUUUCUACGAGUCCUUGUUUCCAAUUCCCUCUCAGUUUGAGCUUCCAAGAGAAUACCGCAACCGUUUUUUACACAUGCAUGAACUGCAGGAGUGGAGACAUUACAGAGACAAACUUAAGUUCUGGACACAUUGUGUAUUGGCUACGUUGAUUGUGUUUACAGUCAUCUCCUUUUUUGCUGAACAGUUGAUUGCACUAAAAAGAAAGCUUUUUCCCAGGAGGAGAAUGCAGACUGAAGCCACCCCAGAAAGAAGUAAAGUGUAA